UCGACUGCGCGGACCCUCCUCCGAGCGCCAAGACGCGGCGGGCGCCAUUUCAGGGAGCAGUCGCUUCUGCUAAAGCCUAGCGUGAAUCUUCUUGUUCGGAAGCUUCCCUGGCUUUGGCUUUUCCCGUUUAUUUUAUAGAGACCCACAGUCUUUUCCUUGUUUCCUAGCCGCUUUCGUUUACGGAAGAAUUUCGCCGUUGUGGGGGCCCGACACUCCCUCCCUCCACAGCACGUCCGGAGCCAGAGCGAGCAAACAACGGUAGCGGCCGCCUUCCUCACAGACACCUGAGCCAGAAGCGCGACUCCCGGCAGCGCAGGUGUCCUGAAAAAUGGCUGAUGAUAUUGAUAUUGAAGCAAUGCUUGAGGCUCCUUAUAAGAAGGAUGAGAACAAAUUGAGCAGUGCCAAUGGCCAUGAAGAGCGCAGCAAGAAGAGAAAAAAGAGCAAGAGCAGAAGUCGUAGUCAUGACAGGAAAAGAAGCAGAAGUAAGGAACGCAAACGAAGUCGUGAACGUGAGAGGAAAAAAAGCAAAAGCCGAGAAAGGAAACGCAGCAGAAGUAAAGAACGCAGACGUAGCCGUUCUAGAAGCAGAGAACGUCGUUUCAGAGGACAUUACAGAACUCCCUAUUCUGGUCCAAAAUUCAACAGUGCCAUCAGAGGAAAGAUUGGCUUGCCUCACAGCAUCAAAAUAAGCAGACGGCGCUCCAGGAGCAAAAGUCCAUUCAGAAAAGACAAGAGUCCUGUGAGAGAACCUAUUGAUAAUCUUACUCCAGAAGAGAGAGAUGCUCGAACAGUGUUCUGUAUGCAACUUGCUGCAAGAAUUAGGCCAAGAGACCUGGAAGAAUUUUUCUCUACUGUAGGAAAAGUUCGUGAUGUACGCAUGAUUUCUGAUAGAAACUCCAGGCGUUCCAAGGGAAUUGCUUAUGUAGAAUUUGUGGAUGUCAGUUCAGUGCCUUUGGCAAUUGGAUUAACAGGACAACGAGUGUUGGGAGUACCGAUUAUAGUACAGGCAUCUCAAGCAGAAAAAAACAGAGCAGCAGCAAUGGCAAAUAAUCUGCAGAAAGGUAGUGCUGGGCCCAUGAGACUCUAUGUCGGAUCAUUACACUUCAACAUAACUGAAGAUAUGCUUCGUGGAAUUUUUGAGCCAUUUGGCCGGAUUGAAAGCAUUCAGUUGAUGAUGGAUAGUGAAACAGGACGCUCCAAAGGAUAUGGAUUCAUUACCUUUUCAGACUCAGAGUGUGCUAAAAAGGCCUUAGAGCAACUGAAUGGUUUUGAGCUAGCUGGUAGGCCAAUGAAAGUUGGUCAUGUAACUGAGCGUACAGAUGCAUCUAGUGCCAGCUCAUUUUUGGACAGUGAUGAAUUGGAAAGGACUGGCAUUGACUUGGGUACAACUGGUCGCCUUCAGUUGAUGGCAAGACUAGCUGAAGGUACUGGUUUGCAGAUUCCUCCAGCUGCUCAGCAAGCUCUGCAGAUGAGUGGAUCACUAGCAUUUGGAGCUGUGGCAGAUUUGCAGACAAGACUUUCACAGCAGAGUGAAGCACUGGCUGCAGCUGCUAAUGUACAACCACUUGCAACACAGUGCUUCCAGCUCUCCAACAUGUUUAACCCUCAAACUGAAGAAGAAGCUGGCUGGGAUACAGAAAUUAAGGAUGAUGUGAUUGAGGAGUGUAACAAACACGGAGGAGUUGUGCAUAUAUAUGUGGACAAAAAUUCAGCUCAGGGCAAUGUGUAUGUCAAAUGCCUUUCAAUAGCUGCAGCAAUUGCAGCUGUUAAUGCAUUACAUGGGAGAUGGUUUGCAGGUAAAAUGAUUACAGCAGCAUAUGUACCUCUUCCAACAUACCACAAUCUUUUUCCUGAUUCUGUGUCUGCAACUCAGCUUUUGGUUCCUUCUCGGCGAUGAAGAUGGAUUUAGUCAGUUUUGUACAUAGCUAUUUUUGGAGGAAGACCGAGUUACCUUUUAUUUAGAUUAAACAAAAGGAAAGGGUGUAAUGUCCUUUUGUGUACACUUCCUGUUACCUUUAAACAAAA